UCUAGGAAAGCAUUGAUAGGUUGUCCCAACGACAUAUCCAGAUUCCUCUGUUUCUCUCUGUUUUCUUCAGCUCUGCUCUUGAAAAAGAAAAAGAAAAAAAAAGUUGUCCCAACUAGCAUUAGAUCAGAUUAGUUUUGUAGGAAACCAGAAGCCCAUGUCCAACCCUGGCAUUCCAACCAUAGACCUGUCAAAACCCGAGUCCAAAACUCUUCUUGUGAAAGCCUGUGAAGAGUUUGGAUUCUUCAACCAUGGCAUUCCAUUAGAGUUCAUCGAUAGGUUGGGAGCUGAGGUUGUGAAGUUCUUCUCCUUACCUCAACCUGAGAAGGAAAAAGCUGGCCCUGCUAAUCCGUUUGGGUAUGGAAACAACAGGAUUGGACCCAAUGGUGAUGUGGGCUGGAUUGAGUAUCUCCUCUUUCAAACCAAUGCCAAUUCCAUUUCUCAGAGAUCUUGGGCCAUUUCUAGAGAAAACCUAGAAAUCUUUUGCUCUGUUGUGAGUGAUUACAUAUCAGCUGUGAAGAAAUUAGCUUGUGGAGUUCUUGAAUCUUUAGCUGAAGGGCUGAAGGUUGAACCAAGCUUAACUGGUUUUGGAGAACACACUGACCCUCACAUAAUAUCAGUUCUGAGACCAAACAAUACAUCAGGCCUUCAAAUCUCUCUCAGUGAUGGGAGGUGGGUUUCAGUACCACCUGACCACAACUCCUUUGUCAUUGUUGGUGAUUCCUUGCAGGUAUAA